GAGAAGAGUGAAACUCAGAGGGUCGCCAUGAAGCACAGAAGUGUACUGUCUAUGUGUGAUGUGUGUAGAAAAAACGGUGGGGGUAACUUAACUGUGUAGGCAGCUAACAUCGGCAUCAGUGCAUUAAUAGAGCCCGCCAAAAGAUUGAUUGUUGUUUGGAAUUAGUGAUUGGGAGAGUGAAGAAAAAAGAAAAGAAAAGAAAAGAAAAGGAUUAGUGGGGGAGAGUAGGAUAAUGGGCAUGGGGUUGCCAUUUGGGCGCGAGACAGAUCACUCAUUACUCUAUCCAGGGACGAUAACCUUCGUUAGGCUACCUCUUCUGACACGUGUGCAUGGGGUGGAUCAUGUUGGAAUAUUCCGUCAAAUUUCAUUGUCUAUAUAUAAUAGCCUUUGCUUCUUGUUUUCUAAAAUUCGUCCGUUUAUCACUUCUACUUAUCCUGCGAACAACCAUGUCUGCCUUCGUGGGGAAGUACGCUGAGGAACUGAUCAAGAACGCAAAGUACAUAGCCACCCCGGGAAAGGGUAUAUUAGCCGCCGACGAGAGCACGGGCACCAUCGGAAAGCGCCUUGCCAGCAUUAACGUCGAGAACAUCGAAUCCAACCGCCAGGCCCUCCGUGAGCUUCUCUUCACCUCCCCCUCCUCCCUCUCCUACCUCUCCGGCGUCAUCCUCUUCGAGGAAACCCUCUACCAGAAAACAUCCGACGGCAAGCCCUUCGUCGAGGUCCUCCAGGAAAACGACGUCAUUCCCGGCAUCAAGGUCGAUAAGGGCACCGUGGAGAUCGCCGGCACUAAUGGGGAGACCACCACUCAGGGCUUCGACUCACUCGGCGCGCGCUGCCAGCAGUACUACAAGGCCGGAGCCCGUUUCGCCAAGUGGCGCGCUGUCCUCAAGAUUGGUCCGAGCGAGCCGUCUGAAUUGAGCAUUCAGCAGAACGCGCAGGGGUUGGCUCGUUAUGCCAUCAUUUGCCAGGAGAACGGGCUCGUACCCAUUGUGGAGCCGGAGAUUCUCACUGACGGAAGCCAUGACAUCAAGAAAUGCGCCGCCGUCACCGAAACCGUCCUGGCGGCGGUUUACAAGGCCCUCAAUGAUCAUCACGUGCUUCUGGAAGGAACUCUUUUGAAGCCCAAUAUGGUCACUCCCGGCUCCGACAGCCCCAAGGUUGCUCCGGAAGUGAUUGCCGAGUACACAGUUACUGCGCUGCGGCGGACUGUGCCGCCGGCUGUGCCAGGGAUUGUCUUCUUGUCAGGAGGGCAAAGCGAGGAAGAGGCGACGGUAAAUCUGAACGCAAUGAACAAGUUGGAUGUGCUGAAGCCAUGGACGCUUUCAUUCUCAUUCGGGCGUGCGUUGCAGCAGAGUACGCUAAAGACGUGGGCAGGGAAGAAGGAGAAUGUGGAGAAAGCACAGGCGGCGUUCUUGGCGAGGUGCAAGGCUAAUUCGGAGGCGACGCUGGGAAAGUACACCGGAGGGAGUGGUGGUGAUUUGGCCACUCAGAGUUUGUAUGAGAAAGGAUACAAGUACUGAUCAAUCAGGCUCUUGCUCCCAAGGUGGAAAAAGGGUUUUUAACUAAACUAAGUCUUUUAAAGUUAUGUUUUGGCUGGUGUUUUCCAAGCUUGUUUCUGGUACAUAGUUUACAGAUGGCUGUCCCAAAUUCUGAUAUACCUUCAUGUUUUUCAGUCUCCAAGUUGAAGAGUGAUUUGAGCAUUUUGAUUA